AUGACCACCCCAGCCCCAGAAACAUCCGUCCUCCCCCAUCUCACCCCCCUCUACCAAACCCAACUCCUCCACAGCCCCAUCUAUGCACACCUCCUCUCCACCCUAACCCUGCACACGGCCACGCACGGCAAGAUCCGCGCCCGCCUGCCCAUCGCCCCGCACCACCUGAACUCCAAGGGCACGCUGCACGGCACCGUGUCCGCGUGCAUCGUCGACUGGGCCGCCGGCAUGGCCAUCCUCUCGUGCGGCGGCGAUUACUCCGGCGUGAGCACCGACCUCAGCGUCUCCUUCCUGGGCACCGCCACCGUCGGCGAUGUGUUGGAGAUCGUGGCGACCGCGAAUAAGGUCGGUGGGACGUUGGCGUUUACCGGGGUGGAGAUUUGGGGGGAGAAGGGGGAGGGGGAGGGAAAGAGGUGGAUGGUGGCGACGGGGUCGCAUACGAAGUUUGAAAUGUUUCUGAAACACCAUCCGGAUGAGAGGCUGCACCGCGAGCUUCGCAACGCGGACCGGAUCAACCAUUCCCUCGACAGACGAGACCUGAGCAUCUCCUUCAUCGUCCCGGACGACCAGUUAACCCAGGCAGUAGACGCCCUGACCUAG